AUGCUUUUCAUUUUCCUCCUGCUAACAACUCGAAUUUUCUGUGAAGGAAAUACCCUCCCAAAUCAGUUUCAACGAUUUGGAUUGAUGAUUUCAAGAGGUCAUCCCGAUGAAAGUCAAGCGAUGUUUAGCAAUGAUUUUCGGCAUUCAACAAGCUAUCAAAAUGGCUUUCAAUCUCAAAAGUCGAGAGAUUUUUUGAGGAACAAUUUGAUGAGAAAUGAAAUGCUGAACUUUGCUCGACCAAUCACUAACAACAAAAAUCGAUUGACGUACGGAUUGCAGAAAGAAACGGAGUCAUUCUACUAUCAACAGAGGGCACAAAUACGAAACGGACAAGUGAUGGGUGGAAAUCGUGGAAGCUAUGGACAGUAUGCGGUGGCUCCUGUUAAGCAAGACGCAUACGGACAAUCAGCUGUCGAUCACAGUGCCAGCUAUCCGGCAAUCGCCCGUCCUCAGCGUCCCCAAUUGCCCUCAAUCCAAGGCUCGGCGUACGGGCAACUGCUGCCCUACAAAAAUCCCGGAAAUCCCUACAUAAAUGGAUAUUCGACGACAAUCGGAACACCAUACGGCCAAUACAAAACCCGUCAACCUACGCAAACCGGCUACAACGAGCUGCCGGUUUCAUCGCUUUCCCGUUUGUACAGCUUGAGACCCGACGAGAUUUACACUCGGCCAACCGUUACGCCUGGGAAUUCUUAUGCUUUCACUCAAUCUCCUUCCACAAAUCGGCCAACACUGGUGACGAUAAAUCCGAAGAUCGAAUUGAAUACAAGAUCGACGAUUGAAGAGCACUUACCAACCACUGCAACCACUGCAGUCACCGAUUUUUCAACCACUCCCGAGCCAACACAAAGCGCCAACACGAUCACUCUCACUCCGCAAGCGUUUCAGCUGGAAAAUCUCGAGGAAUUGAAAAGAUCAAAGAAAAUCGUC